CUUACAGUUACACGUUACAGAAGAAAGAGAAACACAAACGCGCAAAUAGAAAGAGCGUUGCUAGUGUUUUACUUCUGUCGUGGAACAAGAUCUGCUCUCGUAAUUUGAAGCGGUCUUUGACAGGCUCUUGCGCUCUCGAAUCGCAUGCGCGUCCAGAGAAAACUUGCUUACUCGAGAGUGGUCGGCACGAUGUCGUUGUCCCUUUGCAGGUACUCGAAUCAUGGAGGAUGUGAAGCUUCGCUCGUGCUUCUUGCGUUUUAUUUGUGAUUGAGGCUACUUGGGAAAAGGAACUUUUUCUUCGUUGGAGUUAGCUAUCGAAACUACGACACGUACCCAUGUACUUGUAAAGUUAGCCGCGUUGAAUAAAGUUAGACUUACAGCCACCAGCUGCGAGAACCGUUUAUUUUCAUCAUGGCCGCUACCCACGUCGGCACUGCGGCGGCCGCUAAGGCACUGUCGGGGCAGCACAUGGCGGAGUUGUACCACUGGUACGAUCCAGUACCCCUGCCUCCGCCCUCCCGCGGGUCGUACCACGGCGUAAAUGGGAGGACGCUGAAAGUUGUCUACCCCGGACACACGGAUCUGGUCUGGUCCACCAACUUCAACGACGAAUACGCCCCGUACCUCGUCUGCGACCGCUACAGCUACUGGUGGAAGAAGUUGCCGAAGAUGCUGCGCGGCAUGCUGAUGAAAAGCUUUGGGAUGCACCCGGAGUUCAUUUUCUCCAAAGCGAUCGACAAGGUGACCGUGACCAUUCUGGAGGGGACGAAGUUCUCGCACAUGGAGAGCAAAGCGGCCAAGGACCACAUGAAAAAGCGGAAGGUUUUGUGGAACGCGACGUUUUCCAUGCUGGGCGGCAAUCACAUCCUGCCCACCGCGUCCUCCCCGCCCUUCACGAAGUUCUGCGACGCGCCGCCGCACCACGUUUGGAACGGCGGGAACAUCGGGAAGUGGAACGAGGGCCACAAACAGCCCUCCCUGGUAAGCUUCUUCGACGUGAAGCUGGACGGCUACACGAUGGACGGCAACGACUUUCACGAGGACAUGCGGGUGAUGCUGGACCGGCGGCACAACGGGCAGGGCAUUCUAGACUACCAACCGGCGGACACGGUCCGGCAGAUGCAGCAGAAUCUGUACAUGAAAACCGGCCCGGCACUGCAGGCCGCGAAGGCGCAGAACUACAUCACGAGAAUGACCGGCGCGGCGAAGGAACUGAAGCAAAACACGAUGGGAGUGUAGUAGUUGCAGUACGCUUGUUGAUCAUCAUGUGUGAAAAUCAUGAUGUUGGCAACAGUAUAUUCGUCAACCAAGUAUUCAGUACGAUCAAUCCAAAAAAAUGCGCUUUUUUGUACAAUCGCGUUUCUACUACUACUUCAUUCACGUUGCAGGCCUUUUUUGAUUUUGAACGAACCUAUUGAUUCAAACGAAAUGCAACGUCAUUGUUUUUGUUUUCAAAAAUGGAGACUCAUGCAAAGGUAAAGGAUGGACACGACCAGCAACGAGUUAGUUUCGUAGAAACAACAAACAAUCUCGAACUGAAAGGAGUGCGACGGGAGUAGGUACCAGUAAACGUAUUUUGCAGGUGGAUACGCACGCAUUUCAGCCAGGGGUCAGAAGAAGAAAAUGCUGCAGAGGAAUACAGUAAAGAGAACCAAACAAGAC